GCUUCUCCCGCGCGCUCUCCGCCGCGCAUCUGUCCCUCCAUGGCGUCGCGUCAGCAAAGCCGGAUCCAGGCUUACCUGGAGAAGAACAAGAUCGGUCCCCUGUUUGAGGAAUUAAUGACCAAGUUAAUAACUGAGACACCUGACCAGCCUAUCCCAUUUCUCAUUGACCAUCUUCAGUCUAAACAAGGGAAUCGUGGACAACUUCAAAGAACUUUGUCUGGAUCUGCAGCUCUCUGGGCAGAAAGUGAGACAUCAGAAUCUAAAGGAACAAGAAGGGAUUUCAGAAGCUAUGAUAAACCUUGGCAACUAAAUGCAAAGAAACCUAAAAAAUCCAAAAGUGACCUUGCUGUGUCUAAUAUUUCUCCGCCAUCACCAGACUCCAAAUCAUUGCCAAGGUCAGUAGAACAUCCUAAGUGGAACUGGAGGACUAAACCAGAAAGCCGUGAUUUUGAUGAAUUGAAUCACAUCCUUCAAGAGAGCAAGAAGCUGGGGAAAGCCCUUGAGAAUCUCUCUCGAAGUAUUGCCAUUUCAGAUGAACUCGAUAAG